GCGGCGGGCACGGCGCUCGGGCGGCGGCAGCCUCAGGUGCCUCAGCCCUCCGGCCGGCAGCUUUGGGUCUGGGGGCCCUCCCCAGGGAAUGCGGGAGUUUCUUCGUGACUGCAGCUGGAAAUUUAUCCCCCGAAGGUUUAAAGUGCUCUGUUUCUUGCGUUUUUCAAUAAAGAGUGAGCUCCUCUUCAUGCCUCCCAGGUGCUGGAUGGAAGCAAGGCAAAAAAACACUCCUGCAGAGCUGAACCUCUUUCACUUCAGUUCUAAAGGUGUUUUGUAUUAGCAGCCUUCCAGCUCAAGAACAAUUUGGCUCAAGCAAAACCCAGUUUUGGAGCAGGUGGUGGUACCUGGACUCUGCUUUCUUCCACUGAGUUCAAACACACAAACAAGGUUUCCUCUGAUAUUUGGAAAAGAGAUGGCAGCUUGUGAUGAAAAAAGCAGAGAAACUUUUGGAUAGAUAAGAACAUGUGCAUUUUCUCCUGAAGUAAUUGAUUGUUAAAGUCACCUCUAUGUUCUGCCACACAGAGAUGGUCAGCAGUCAGCCUGUCCCCAUAGCAGACAGUGGGAAAAGGAAAAAGAAAAAAAGAACCAGAGCCACAGAUCAGGUCCCUGGGAAGUUUGAAGACUUGUACAAGCUGACUGCUGAGCUGCUUGGUGAGGGAGCAUAUGCUAAAGUUCAGGGUGCUAUCAGUCUCCAGACUGGGAAAGAAUAUGCAGUGAAAAUCAUUGAAAAAAAUGCUGGGCACAGUCGGAGUCGGGUUUUUCGUGAAAUAGAAACUCUGUACCAGUGUCAAGGUAACAAGAACAUUUUGGAGUUAAUAGAAUUUUUUGAAGAUGACACAAGAUACUACCUGGUCUUUGAGAAGCUACGAGGAGGUUCAAUCCUGGCCCAUAUACAAAAGAGGAAGCACUUCAAUGAACGAGAAGCAAGCAAAGUGGUGAGAGACAUUGCCUCUGCUCUGGACUUUCUUCAUACAAAAGGUAUUGCUCACAGGGACCUGAAGCCCGAAAACAUCCUGUGUGAAUCUCCAGAAAAGAUAUCACCAGUAAAAAUAUGUGACUUUGACCUUGGCAGUGGGGUGAAGCUGAACAGUGCAUGUACCCCGAUAACUACUCCCGAAUUAACAACGCCGUGUGGCUCUGCAGAAUACAUGGCCCCUGAAGUGGUGGAAGUCUUCAUGGAGGAGGCCACGUUCUAUGACAAGAGGUGUGAUCUGUGGAGCCUGGGGGUGAUUCUGUACAUCAUGCUCAGUGGUUACCCCCCUUUUGUGGGCAACUGUGGCACGGACUGUGGCUGGGACAGAGGAGAAGUCUGCAGAGUUUGCCAGAACAAGCUUUUUGAGAGCAUUCAAGAAGGCAAAUAUGAAUUUCCUGACAAAGACUGGUCACAUAUUUCCUCUGAGGCCAAAGAUCUCAUCUCAAAGCUGCUGGUUUGUGAUGCCAAAGAACGACUUAGUGCUGCUCAAGUUUUGCAACAUUCAUGGGUUCAAGGACAGGCUCCUGAAAGGGGAUUGCCCACCCCUCAAGUUCUUCAAAGGAACAGCAGCACCAAGGAGCUGACCCUGUUCGCUGCCGAGGCCAUCGCCCUGAACCGGCAGCUGUCCCAGCACGAGAGCGAGCGGAGCGCGGAGCAGGAGAGCACCGCCCACACCGUGUGCUCCAUGAGACUGUCCCCUCCCUCCAAAUCCCGCCUGGCCCGCCGCAGGGCCAUGGCCCACGCCGCCAGAAACAGCGACUUCCAGCCCCUUCCCCAUAAAGCCUUCUGAAGUUCUUUCCUGCUGCGCGGGGGGCAGGCUCGGUCUGUGUUCUUAUUUGGAUUUUCAGCGCUGAUAAAAGCUGCUCUGCUUCUGACACUUUGAUUAGGAGCUUGCACUUGUGAUGUGACUUGUAACUUUAAGGGGAUGGCUUUUAUGGGAAUGUUUUUUGCCUGUCAGAUUUAGUGCAUUAAGGUAAUUCAACUGAUUUUUUUUUAAACUGCAGAAGAUGAGUUUGCUGCUGUAUUAUCUGAGGUGAUAAAUCACUAAGUUUUCCUCAUUUUCUUCUUAGAAGGGCACAGUUUAAAAUGCAAACUUGAAAACAUCAGGAAAAACCCACACUUUGCCAGGCAGAGCAUCAAGCCUCUCCCUGCCAGUGGCUGCCCCCC